AUGGCUAACAUCUCACCCUCGCCUGUGAAGGACUGUUACCUUUGCUCUUCUUCUUUAAAAGACUCGGUUGUUUUAAGAUGCUGUCACAGUUUGUGUAAAAGCUGCUUACAGAGCUAUUGGGAGUUCAACAAGACUCUGGAUUGUCCUGUUUGUUUAAAGGAGACUCACUGUUCUGUGCUUCUUCAGUAUCUGAGUGUUUCCUGCUUUGCCACCGUGCGUAAAUUCUCUCAUGACAGCAACGCAAAACCAAACCAUGCUAGGAAAGCAGAAACUGUGACGAGGGAGCAGUCAAGUGAAACCAGGGACGAGGACGUAGAUACAGAUGUGAUGCUACAUGACGCUUCAAAAAGUGAAUCUGAAGAGGAACCUCAUCCAUCACCCACAGCUACAUCUAAAUCAUUGAGGUCCAACCUGUGUCCAAAAUGCGGCAAGAGAUUCGAAAAAAAAUCUGACCUGAGAGCCCACAAAAAAGUGCACUCCUUAAGAAAGCCGCACCAGUGCUCCACCUGUGGAAAGAGUUACGUUUGUAAACAUGAGCUCACUUUACACAUGCGUCUGCACACAGGUGAGAAGCUGUUUAACUGCCCUCACUGUGAGAAAAAGUUCACCAGAGAGAAAUGUUUGAAGUCCCACUUAAGGAGCCACACAGGGGAAAAGCCGUUCUCUUGUUCUCAAUGUGGGAAUAGUUUUUCUCUAAAAUGUUCCCUAAAAAAUCACCUGCGGCUGCAUGCUGGUAAUCUGCUUCAUCAGUGUGAUCAUUGCGGGAAGCUUUUCAACACUGCAGCUGCUAUGAGGAGCCACACGUUGACCCACACCAAAGUGAGAUCUUUCCCAUGUCCACAUUGUGACAAAAAGUUUAUCCGAAAGGAUGAGCUGAACACUCACCUCUAUAGCCAUUCAGAGAUCAAACCAUUCAGCUGUUCAGUGUGUGGGAAGAGUUUCCUAUCAAAGAAAGUACUUAACAUGCAUCAGGUCGUUCACAAGGACGACCGCCCCUUUCACUGCAUGCAGUGCGAGAAAAGCUUCAAAAGGAUGAGCCACCUGACAUCACACAUAAAGACCCACAGCUCUGACACUCCUUGCAUGAGAGUAUUCACAGUGAAGAGAAGCCUUACAGAUGUGAGAAGUGUGAAAAAAGCUUUCGUUCAUACAGGGAUCGCACUAGACAUCAGGUGAUUCACUCAGAGGAAAAACGGUAGAAGUGCUCAAUCUGUGAUAUGAGGUUUCGCUUCAGCAGUUCGCUGAGGAGCCACAAAGCCAUUCACUCUGAGGACAAACCUUACCACUGUGAGAAGUGUGGAAAAAGCUUCAACAGACUCGAUACACUGAAAAGCCAUAAAGCGAUCCACACUGAUGAAAGACCAUAUAAGUGUUCUCAAUGUGAUUUGGCUUUCAAGACUUCAUCUUCGCUCAGGUUCCACAAAAUUAUUCACUCCAAGACCCUGCUACACUGCAGCAUCUGUGACAAAACCUUCACUCGCCAAAAAUCCUUCAAAAUUCAUCAAGACGUUCAUGCAGGGAUUCAAGGAUUCUACAAAUGCUCUGAGUGUGGAAAAUGCCUGAGCUCGGCAAGUUGCUUGAAGAACCACAUGGAGCAACACUUUGAAAAGAAAAUGUACCACUGUGGUGAGUGUGAGAAAAGUUUUAGAUCAGUGGCAUACCUGAGGAAGCACCAGAAGAUGGUGCACAUUGAUGAGAAGCUGUAAAUAAUACCAACGGGAUACUGGUUACUCACCAGCUGCAACAUUCAGGAGAGAAGGAGCACACUUGCUCCCAUUGCGGGAAGGUAGAUGUAGAAAGAGGAUCCUCAUUAUGUUAUCCUCAUAUUUCUUCCCUACUGAUAAAUCCAUCAAAGACCAGCUUAAGCUGGUAGUUGGUUUUAGCUGGUUUAAGUUGGCAGUAGCUGGUCUAAGCUGGUCCUCCCAGCCUGGCAAAGCUGGUCAAGUUAAGCUAAGUCCAGCUAGACCAACUUAAAAAGUGACCAAAACAUAGCUAGACCAGCUUGCUACACCAGCAAUACAAGCUAAAAUCAAGCUGGGACACCAGCUAAAACCAGAUCACCAGCGUAUGCUGGUCUUAGCUGGAUUUUUCAGUAGGGUUAUGAAGCAAUGGUAACUUUCAUUUGUCUUAGCUUGCAAAUAUUAAGAUUGAGUCAAUUUCUUUAGACGUGCUGAAACUCGCAAUGAACUGGUCAGCUCAGGUCAUGUUGACAUGAGCAUCUUCCUUGUUCUUAGUUUUAACUUCUCUGUCACUGUACCAUUACAAAUGUACCAUAAACCAGACUUGUAUUGUUGUGGAAUUUUUACCUUGUUGAACACAUGAAUAAUUAAAGUCAUAACCUAAUACAGUUUAAAAGGAUUUUAAUAUCUUUCAAGAGGUAUUUUCGUCUGCACAAUUCAGACUGUGCAGGGAAAAGGUGAACUUUAGCUCUGCACUUACACGUUUAAUAUAUUUAGCUACUUCCAUUUAUAUCACAUAGCCAACUUAACUUAAAUCUGAAUUGAACCCUAGACAUUUAAGCCUGUUAUUCAGGAAAUAUAACUAGUUUUAACAAACAUGUCUAACUAGAAACAUUACUUGGGUGCAUUUUAAGUCAAAACAAAGGGCACUGAUGUAUUUUGAGAUGUGUCAGUUCAAGUUGUUUUUUAGUUUGGACAGCCCUUACAUUUAUUUUAGUCUAGGACUAGUCUAAUCCCUGUCCGGGAAACCACCCCUUAAUAAACAGCAAUAAAUGCUCAAAUCAUAAAACAGUAGAAAUUAGUAAAGAUAAAAUAAGUAAAAUUUUCCAUGACAGUAUAUCCGAGAGAUGAUCAGGAGUUACUCCAGACAUUGUCCAUCCUCCAUCUGCAGGUGAUUAACACUUCCUCUUUUUAUCUUUAUGUAUUGUGUACCUUUUCCAAUAAAUCACGCUUUUGAGAUUGUAAGAUUAAAUUAAUAAAAUUUUCAUGCAUGUGAAGGUGACCUAUAGUGUCUUGUGCCCCAUGUCAAGAUCACUUCAAUCAUUGGUGCCUUUGAGAAAUCACGACUUUGGACAUUACAUCUCAUAUUUAGAAGGGGAGUUAAAGUAAAAGCAAAUAUUGUACACCUCUCCAUCUAUUGAAAAAGUACUAUAUCUUUGUACAGCACUUUGGUACAGUAUGCCCAUGUGCCUUAUGUUUUAAUUAGGGCUGUCAAAAGAUUAAUCACGAUUAA